AUAAGGACAUCAAAUGAAUCUCUAUUCAUUUCUAAACCAAAGCCUUUGAUUUAAUCACAAUCAAAAGGUUCAUUUCAUUUCAAUGGCACCCUCUUCAAACUUUAUUCCUAUUGUGAUUUUUCUUAGUUUAGUCCUUGGUGUUAUUGUGCCUAGAGGUGAAGCUAGGCCAAGAGCAUUCUUUGUAUUUGGAGAUUCUCUUGUUGACAAUGGAAAUAACAACUAUUUAUUUACCACUGCUCGUGCUGAUUCUCCUCCUUAUGGAAUUGAUUAUCCAACUCGUAAACCAACCGGUCGAUUUUCUAAUGGCUUCAAUAUUCCUGAUCUUAUCAGUCAAAGACUUGGUGCUGAGUCUACAUUACCUUAUUUGAGCCCAGAAUUAACAGGGCAAAAUCUUCUAAUUGGUGCUAAUUUUGGUUCAGCUGGAAUUGGAAUCCUUAAUGACACUGGAGUUCAAUUUAUAAAUGUGAUAAGAAUGCAUACACAACUAGAUAACUUUGAAGAGUAUCAACGACGAUUAUCGGCUUUAAUCGGAGUUUCACAGACUAAAAGACUUGUAAAUCAAGCAUUGUUUCUCAUGACAGUUGGAGGCAAUGAUUUUGUAAACAACUACUAUCUUGUACGUUCUUCUGCAAGGUCUCGCCAAUAUAAAUUACCACACUAUGUUAAGUUCCUCAUUUGUGAGUACAAAAAGCACUUGAAGAGGCUAUAUGAUUUGGGCGCUCGGCGAGUUCUAAUCACAGGAACAGGACCGUUGGGUUGUGCCCCAGCAGAACGCGCUACACAUAGCACCAAUGGAGAGUGUUCUGCUGAACUACAACGUGGUGCAUCAUUGUACAAUCCUCAACUAGAACAAAUGUUGCAAGGACUCAAUAAGAAAUUUGGGAGUGACAUUUUCAUUGCUGCAAAUACAGCACAAAUGCACAACGAUUUUGUUGCUAAUCCAACAGCUUUUGGAUUUGCUACAUCAAAAACAGCGUGUUGUGGGCAAGGACCUUAUAAUGGUAUUGGAGUGUGCACAACAUCCUCAAACUUAUGUCCCAAUAGAGACUUGUAUGCAUUUUGGGAUGCAUUCCAUCCAACUGAAAAGGCAAAUAAACUUAUUGUGGAGCAAAUUAUGUCAGGUUCAACUACAUACAUGAAGCCAAUGAACCUUAGCACCAUUCUUGCCUUGGAUGCUAGCACAUGAAUUAGAUAGAAGAGCCUAAUAAAUGACCUUAUCAACGGUUUGUUGUUAACUUUUAGAAUGAAGUUUUAUCUCUGUCCCAAAUAGGUAGCUCGGUUGAUGAAUAAAAGAACACUAAAAGAGUUUCAGUAGUUAAAAGUUCUAGUUUUUCUUUUUAUGGAUACAUUUUUCAAUUAGAAUUCGUACCUUUGUUAAUGUUAAGAAACAUGAUAUCUAUGAAAAUAAGGGAGAAAAACUUAAAAGUUUA